AAAAUGUCUUGGUUAUGAUAGUGUGCAUGUUAACCAAAAUCCCAGUAUUCAUUAUUGGUUCAACUGGAUCUUCAAAAUCCUUGGCAGUAAGGCUUGUGAGUCAAAAUUUAUGUGGCACAAAUUCAAAUGAUCCUUAUUUCAAAACAUUGCCCCAGGUGUAUCUCAUUACACAUAAAGGAUCUACAUUAUCUACUUCAGAAGGUAUCUUAAAGGUUUUUGAAAAGGCCGAUAAAUAUCAAGAUACAAGUAGUAAAGAAUUUCCUGUAAUCAGUGUUGUAUUAUUGGAUAAUGUUGGGUUGGCUGAAAUUAAUCCUUUCAAUCCAUUAAAAGCACUUCAUUCUCUGCUUGAACCAAGCUAUCCAGCAGAUGGCCCAAAAGUUUCUGUAAUUGGUAUUUUCAAUUGGAGAUUAGAUAAUAGUAAAAUUGAUACAGCACAGCAUUUAUUAAUAAACAAAAAUAUUAAAAGAGCAGCUUUAAAACCAUUAGCUGUGGCAUAUUCUGAAUAUGAACAAAAUGGGCAAACAUUCCCAAAUUUCCAUGGUCUUCGAGAUUAUUAUGCUUUGGUUAAAAGUCUUUCAUCAAAAGAAAUGACUACUGAUAAUAUUCAAAUGGCAUUAGCACGUAAUUUUGGUGGGACUGGAGAACAUAAAAAAUUAUGUGAAGAUUAUUUUGGAGAAGUAUUAAAUGCAUUUAAUAAUUACCAACAUAGAAGUUAUAAAUCAAUACCUGUUUUAAAUUUAAUCAGAGAAAACUUGGAUGAUAAUGAUGCAAGGCAUUUAAUGGUUAUAGGAAAAGGUGAAUCAAUAGUAAAUAUAUUAAACUAUGAGUUGCAGCAAAGGCAACUGGAUCCUGUUAUAAUAUUAGGCUCACAAUUUCCUGAAGAUCAAGAUGAUUAUUCAUAUAACAUUUUAAAUAGAAUUAUGGCAAGAAGCCUUUACGAUUUAUGGAAUCAAAAUUAUAUUGUUAUGGGAAACAAUGAUAACCCUAAAUAUUAUACUAGAGUUACAUUGGGGGCAUAUGACUUUAGAUGCAUUCUUGUUUUGGAAGAGAAAAAUUUACUAUAUGCUGAUCCAUCACUUUUGAAUAGAUUUGAAAAGCAAAAAUUGGUAAUUAAUGAUAUAUUGGCAGAUGAGGAAUUUGAGCUUGUUGCUAAAUUAAAUGACUGGGUGAAAACAUUUUCUAUGGUUUCAGGAAGAAAUGCAGGGUCUCAAUCACACAAUAAAUUUGAACAACAAGAUUUAUUUAUUGGUUUUGAUUCUAAUGAAACUAUACAAAGUUUGGUUAUAAAUAUAAAAAGAAAAUAUCCAGAUGCUGACAAUGAAGAAAUACUUGAAAAAUGCAAAGAAUGUCUUGUUGCUAUAGCAACUUCAGAUGGUAUGGUUAGAUCUGAAAAUUCUUUAUUGAACCAUGAAGAGGUACUUAAAUGGAAAGAGUAUUAUUUUAAACUACAACAUCAUAAUAGUCUUUUUGAUUAUUUUAAUGCAUUAUUGAGACAAAAUGAUCCAUAUACACUAUAUGCAGAAGGAAAACAAGUUAUUGUUAAUACAUUUUCAAACAUCAAUACUGAUAUAGAAGCUUGCCUGUCAAAUAAGAUCAAUUGUCAAGUAGAUAAACUUUCAACAUUCAAGUCUGAAACACAGUUUCAAAAUAGAAUCAAACAUUUUUGGUUGGAAUCUAAUAAACAAAUGUUAAUUCUUCAAUGUGAUAUAAUAAAUGUCAAUGUGGGAUGUAUUAAAUUAGCUAAAUUUGUUAUUGAACAAUUACGUGAAGAAUUCUUAAUUAAAAGAUACUAUAGUAAUAACAAAAUUCCAAUGAAACAUGCAUGCAUAAUUUUACAUAUUCACCAUGAGCAAGAAACACCUUUUGUUUCAUUUAAUUUCAUGUGUGGAUGGGAGCAAAUUACUAUUGAAACAUUACAAGUCCAAGAUAAACCUUUAUUGAGCCUUUUGGAAAAACCUAUGAUUGAUAUUAUCAAUACUACAUAUCCAUUUGAAGAUAUCUUGAAACAAGAAUUGCCAUGGUAUCUAAUUAUGCAAAUUCCAAAUAAUAAAAAUCUGGUCACAUGUUUAAAAGACAGAACACAAAAAUGGCUGGAAACAAAUUCUGAAACAAAUUGGCAAAGUAAAGUUGCAUCAGACAAAAAACUUUUAUACCCAUAUUCUUCAUUUUCAGGUGCAUUACAAGCAUAUUUACAUAUCAUUAUUCGAAAACCAAUUGCAAAACUUUUAUGUGCAAUUGAAAGGUUAUCAGCAACCAGAACUUUGCUUUUGAUUGAUAGAUCACAAAAAAUAGAAGUAGAACAAUUUCAUAAAUUACUUGAAUUCUGGAUAGAAUGUUUUAUGGAUCCAAAAAUUGUAAACAUAGAAGAAAUAUCAGAUCCUAAACCAGAUGUAUAUACUAUGCCUGUCAAUAAUUAUGAUCUUGAAUUCCCAUUUUCACUAUAUUUUAUGAAAAGAAUUGAUUCAUUUAAACAGCUAUUUGAAGAUGAAAUAAAUUGGCAUAAAGAAAAGAAGGAAAAUAUUGAUGAACAAACUGGUGAACUUUACCAACAUCUCUUUAAUGAUUAUACAAAAAAAUUUUCAAUUGCUGUUAUAAAUUCUAUACCAUCAUUCAAAAAAUCAUCAUUGAAUUUAUUUCCAGAUCUGUAUUUUAAUGAUUUUGUUGCAGUAGUUUCAUCCAAUGAUUCUUCUGGUAACAGAAAUCCAAAAAUUUUGUCACUUUUACUUCAAAGACUUAUGGGAGAAGAAAAUUUUUUAGAUCCAGGAUUCUUACAUGCAUAUUGGUGGAGGAAUUCAAAUACUGUCUUAGCUGAAUCUCAAUUAAUUAAAAUAUGUCCAAUGGUUAUUGACAAGAUAACAGCUUGUAAUAAUUCAGAAUCUUUUGAAUAUUCCUUAGUUAGAGAGAUUGCAGGAAUAAUGUUACAGGAUAUUAGUGAAUCACAGAAUCUAAUGUACAAUUCAUAUAUGUUUGAACAAUGGCAGCAUGAUGUUACAAAAAUUUUAUCAUUUGGAGCAAAAGUUUUGAAAGGUCAGCCAUUGCCUUCACUUCAAAUAUUACUUAUUUGUAAUGAUUUUAUAUCAACAAAAACCAUUCCAUUAUCUAAUGUCAAAGAAAUAAUUACACUUGGAAAAAAUUCAAAUCAAAAAGAAAUGUUUUCAGCUGAGUUUAUUAAUAAAAUACUUGAUGUUUUUUAUCAAAUGGAGCCAACUGAAAAGAAUCUUAUUUCAAGUGGAUCAUUUAUUCUUAGAUGUCUUGAUAUGAUUGAUCUUGAAUCAAAACUUAGACUGUAUCUAUAUGGUAGAAUUUUCAGUCAAAGACCAUUUCCACUCAUGGGUGCAAUAAUACAAUGUAUAUUCUUGCAAGAAGAUAAAGAUAAAGAUGAAGAUGAAAGUAUUCUCUUGACUAUUUUAAAAAAUACAAAUUUGACUAUCUGUGAUUCAGCAAGAUUAAAUGUAAUAAAUACUUGUCUUAAAAAUCAAGGACUUGAUUCUAUGAUGUCAACAUUAUGUUGUGAUGUUAUUCAAUCAUUAUUUGCAGCAACAUUUGAACUAUCAGAUUUAGCAAAUCAUUUUGGAUUUGCAGCUCAAGCUAUAAUUAGUUUUAGAACAGAACCAUUACAAAAAAUAACUGCAAUUGCUCUACUUAAAAAAUUUGUUGAAGGAUUCUGGAAUGAAUGUAUCCAAGAACACAAUUAUCACCAACCAAUUGUUUUCAAUUUAAUUGGUAUGGAUUUUGAUGGAGCAGCUUUAAUUAAAAAAAUCAAUAAUUUUAUGAGUAUACCAAGUCCAUUAAUCCACUCAUUAAAAAUAUAUUUUCUAAGAAUCUUACUUAAUUGGCACAAUCUUCCACUUAAUAAUAUAAAACAAUUUUGCAAUAGACAAAAUAACACACUUCCAUGGCUUGCAAGUAUUGUAUGGGGAGAUCAUUCUCAAAAUAGACUUUCAUUUAAUCCUUACUGGGCCUUAGAUGCAUAUGUAGAAGCUGAUAAAGGAUUUUCUAGUUUAUAUAUACUUAAAAAUAAAGCACCAAUUAAGAUCUUCCUAGAAUCUGUACAAAAAAAUGAAUCAAUAGAACAUAGAAUUGCAUUUGGUGGAGUAGUUGUACAACAUAUACAUUUAGCUCAUGCAUUAGAUGAAUGGACUCUUAAUUAUGAUAUUGCUAUUGAUGAUCUUAAAACUGAAAUUAAUGGAAUGAAGAUGCUUACACCACUUUAUAGACAAAUAAUUGAUAAUAUUCUACAAAAUAAACAUCCAUUACUUCAACUAAACACCAGAGCAACAAAUGAAACUUUGUUAAUUAAAUCUGUAAUUAGUCAUAUUUUAAUCUUACAUUCAUCAAUUCCUGCAGACUCAUCACCAUUAACUGUAUAUUUAAAUAAUCUACAAAAUUGUCAUACACAUUAUAUUUUAACAUCACAAGCUGAUAAUGAAUCAGCUAUCAUGAAUGCUUCAACAUCUGUUGAACAAUUAACAAGAUAUUCAUGUCAAUGUGGUCAUGCAAUAGAAGCAAGUAAAUGUCCACAGUGUAAAAACAAUACAAUUGGAGAUGCAGCUAAUAAAACAGCUUCUGGUAAUAAAAGAUUGGAUAGUACAUCCCAGAUAAAUGUAACAGUUGUGAAUCAACCUGGUUAUGUUGAAGAUCUAUUUGAACCUGAAAUUGGCCAUUCAGUUCGUACUAUGCCACCAAAUGCAUAUCGCAUCUUACAUUUAAUUGUUCAUGCAUUGAUUGGUUCUUCAAAUAGUGCUAAUGAUUUCUUGAAACAAAUUACCAGUAAUGCUGAAGAAUAUUGCUUUAGACAUAUACAGAAUGACUGGAAAGUACUUAAAAAUAUUUUCAAUUGCAAUAAUGAACAUUUAGCAUUAUUGUUACAUUCAAUUCUAACAGAAAUGUCAAAAAAACUUUAUACUGGUGGUCCAUCAGUAAUUACAACCCCUGUUCAACGAGACAAAUGGGAAUUACAAUUUACUAAAGAUUAUGUUGAGCCACAAACAAAAAGCUUUAAUGAAUCUGUUACAAAUUUCCAUAGAAAAUUAGAUGCAGCAUUAAAAAAAGUAAAUGGAAAUACUAAUAUAAUUGAAUCUGAAAUUAAUCAGACUAUAGAUAUGGAUAAUGACUACAAAGUUGAAUAUUUACCAAAUCUUUGGAGAACAAUAGGAACAAUAAGCUUUGAAAGUUUCAGAACAUAUUACCUUGCUGAUCAAAUCAAUAACAAUAAAACAUAUCCAUUUCUUUCAAUAUUUUUUAAACAUUCUGAAAAUUUAAUACAGAUCAAACAUCUUUUCCCCAUUAUUAAAUUUGCUGAGAUAUUAACAUCAAGGCUUGAGUAUAGAAUCAAUAGAAAAGAUGCUCAUAAUAAAUCAUUCAAAGAAUUUAUAGAUGAUGAAUCAAAUGGAAGAAUAUUUGGAGAGAUACAUGAAACAUUAACAAAAGCAUUUGAUGAAUUUUCAGAAGCAUGGAAUGCAGUGCAUGAUCAAGUCAAAAGAUAUCAGUGUCAUGAGUUUAAAUCAGUUAUUCCUAGAUUGUCUUUAGAUGACCCAAUUGCUUUUGCAAUAAUUGAAGAAGAAGAUACAGGGAUGUUUAUUUGUGCAAUUAUAAAUUACCUUGUAACAUUACAAAACAAUUUCUUACAAGAAAUCAUAGCAAUUCCAAAUGGAUCUUGUAAAUCAUUAAAAUUUUUAGAAGAACCAUCUCAAGUUGAUGCUGAAUCAACAUCUGGUGAUGGUGAUAGUACUAGCUCAACAACAGCUCAAGCCAAUAAUCCACAGAUAUCUAAACAAUAUUAUCUACAAUCAUCAAAAGCAAGCCAAUUAAGAAAGUCAAAUAUAAUUGAUUAUGAGUGGGAUGAAGAUAUUCUUCAAUAUUGCCAAAGAAACCUUGCUAUUGGUCAUGGAGAUGAUGUUAUUUAUGAUUUGCAAAAGAUUGAACUUGAACUUGCAUAUUGGUUGGUAUUUGAUAAAGCAUAUAUUGAAACUGUACAAGAUUCACUAUUAUAUUUAAAACCAUUUUCAUACCAUAUGGAAUUGUUCCAAGGAUAUUUGAGAAUUCUCAGUGAUAUUAAAAAUAUAAUUCCACAAGAACCUAUUCCUACUGAAAAAUUAUCAUUGAUUAGAGAAGCAGGAAACAUAAAUAAUAAUAUAUUUAUAUCAUCAUCACAAUAUACAAAUAAUUAUAGUUUGGAUGAUGCAAGUGACAUUUUAUCAUCACUGGAUGUGCUUUUAUGUUUCAUUAAGCACAAUGCAAUAGGGCAGGAGGACAUGUUAAUACAAAAUUAUGUGACACAAUGGAUGAAGCUAUCAUCAUUGAUGAUGAAACCUGCAUUUGCAAAUUUAUUAAAUGCAGAUCUAUCCUUAAAGCAUAUAGUGGCAUUGUAUGAAUUUGUAGAAGAACAGAUGAUUAAAUAUAUUAAUGAUGCUUAUAAAGAAGGAUUGACACCAGAACAAGAGAAUAAAAUUGUAGCUGUAGUUGAUUUUACUAAUAAUCAACAACAAUCAGCAUUGACAGUUAAACAAAAAGCAAAAAAAAUACCAGCAGAUGCACUUAUUGUAGCAUUGAAAAGAUUUAUGUUGAGAUUUUUGUUGGUAGAAUCAAAAGAUUACUCAAACAGUCCAUUGAGUGUUUAUUUAACAGAUGUGAAAUUGAAUCUCUGGUUUUCAGAAAUUGAUCAAGCAAUAAUUGAUUUAUUUCCAAAUACAUUUUUAGUUUCACAUACAUUUGGAAUAUAUAAGUUUUGUGUUAGUCAACUUGAAGCUGUAGACAAAUUCAUGAAUCAAAAUCAUAAAAAUUGGACAAAAUAA